AUGAUGAUGGAAGUGGAUACUGGAAAUUCUCGGCUUUUAGAAGUUUCUACGCCUGCAAAAGAAGCAAGGAAGCAUCCGGAAACAAAGGAAAAGACAAUGGAUUGGGGAUCUAUUUCAAUUCUCAAAGAUCACAAAGAGAGAAAACGCCAUAAGAUCAUGUCACAAGGCUUAGUUUGCAUUCUAAUUUCGUUUUUUGCCCAAAUUUUGCUGCUCAACGACUUAUGA